AUGGCUAAACGAAAACCGAGCUUCGCUAGCUGUGCUCUGAACCGGACAGAUAGUGACCAAGUACGGCUAUUCGGUGACCGAAACUUCUAUAGUAUUCGGAUAUAUGUAUGUAAAAAGCAGUUCGAAGACGGCACCUUCUUAUACCAUAGCGAGAUCAUAGUGAUAGGAGACGACGAAGACGCUAACCUUUACUAUGAGAUGCUAGAGAAGAUUAGGUACAUUCUUGUCGACGAAUAUAAUAUCGAAGCCAAGGACGAGGAGUCGGAAGACGAGGAAGCUAACAGUUUUUACUACUUUAAGGACAAGCUUGAUACAUUGGACAAUACGAACCUAGGCGAGCUAGGCACUGAGGUUUACUUUGAUAUAGGUAGCAACGCUAACCUCGUCGAUAAGGAGUUUAUCUCCAAAUGGGCUAAGAACCUACGUUGGAUCGAUGUGAAGCCGCACUUUGUUAAAGGCGUUGGAGCCUAUACCGAAGUCAAGAAGUAA